AUGCCGGAAAAGAAGAAGAGAGUUGGCCCUGUCAAUGCCUGGCUAUGCUGCCAGUGCAACGAGGCCAAUCCGCUUGCCAUUCACGCUGACUGUCCCAAGUGCGGCGGGAGAAAAUGUCCGAGUUGUCGAGAGGUCCACCUCAGGCCGAGGAGCCCAUCACGAAAUGAAGACCGGCGUCCACCUCGCUAA